AUGCAACACAUACACUUGUUCCUUUCCGGUGAAAGAGACUACACGGCGAUUAAAGGGUCUACGGGACGUCUCGUCUACCCUGCCGGCCAUGUCUAUGCAUAUACCGCUUUAUAUAAUGUGACAGACGAGGGACGUGAUAUCCCGCUUGCGCAGACGCUGUUUGCGGCCCUAUAUCUUAUAUUCCUGGCAAUUGUUAUGGCAUGCUAUAGAGCAGUACAUGCUCCGCCAUAUAUAUACCCUCUUCUCGUGCUUUCGAAAAGAUUGCACAGUAUUUUCAUGCUGCGGAUGUUUAAUGAUGGCCCCGCUGCAGGUUUUAUCUGGCUAGCGAUGUAUAUGAUGCUUAAACGACAGUGGUAUGCCGCUGUCCUGCUAUGGACGCUGAGUGUAAGUAUAAAAAUGACAGGAUUGCUUGCUGCUCCUGCAAUCGCGGUUAUCCUUACAUUUGCUGUAGGAUUUGGGCAGGCGUUGGGGAUGGGUGUGUUCUUCGUAUUGGUACAGAUCUUACUUGGCCUGCCUUUCCUUCUAGAGAACCCAACAGGCUACAUGACAAGGGCGUUUGAGUUUACUCGACAGUUCCUGUUCAAGUGGACAGUGAACUGGCGGUUUAUCGGGGAAGAUGUAUUCUUGUCUAGACCUUUCUCAGUUGCAUUGCUAGCAGUGCACAUAUCUUUGCUGGUGACUUUCCUGGCCUUUGUCUGGACUCGUCCCGCAAAAAUGGACCUUGGUUCUUUGGUACAACAAGCAUUCCGUGGACGAAACCUGCAACGCAAUAUAUCGAACUCCUACAUUGCUACAACCAUGAUGACAUCCGUGGUUAUCGGCCUGCUCUGUGCACGGAGUUUGCACUACCAAUUCUAUGCGUAUCUCGUGUGGACAACCCCCCUGAUACUGUGGAAAAGCAGUUUCCACCCAGUUCUUGUGCUCAUCCUAUGGGCUGCGCAGGAAUGGGCAUGGAACGUCUAUCCUAGCACAAACGCGAGCUCGACGAUGGUAGUGGGUUGUCUCGCAAUUCAGGUCCUAGGUGUGUUCUGGGGGGUGCAAUGUGAAGAACAAAGGCCAGCUAAGCUCAAGGCUGAAACAAAAGACGUUAUCGACAAUCAAAAUUAA